CACGUGGCCUUGGCUUUCGCUACGCUUGAAGCUUUUCUCGGAGGUCAGAAUUUCACAUAACUACGAGCCUUGCACUUACUUUAUCUGUAAUUUCUACAAUUUCCAGCUGUGUCAGGUGUUUUGAAGUCGUUCCGUUGUUGUAGUUCGUAAAUACUGUGCAGUCUGUGACAUUUGUUCCUCGUUUUCGAUUCUAGGCCAUCUGAGGCUUUGCGUUGUCGCUGCGGUGGAAGACGGGAAAGCUGAGAGUCAGUGAAUGGAGUGAAGAAGUUGAUGCCGUGUUAGUUAACCUUCCGGCCGCGAGCUAAAUUGUAGGUGUUCUCUUAGCUGACAUUUUUGCGGGCCGUCAAGACUAAACGGAAGGUUUUGUUUAGUGUUUGCAAGUUAUUUGUCAGAUGAACUACGAACACAACACUCUAUUGUAGUAGGGCAAGAUAUUACAACCGGAGCCAACAAGUUUACAAGACUUGAAUCAAAAUAUUUUCCAAGUUAAUGGGGCUUCAGCUGGUUUUAAGCUACCCAUUUUGCAAGCGUUGUCUUGUCCACAUGUCGCAGGCUCGUUAUCCUGUUUGCAUAGAAAAGCGUCAAUUUAUUUACGUGCAAUCGGUUCUUGGUACAAAAAUUCCACGAAGCUGACAAGGCCUGCAGACGAGCAUCUCGAUUUCAGUCGUUUGAAGACACGAUAUGGAGUCUUUUCCGCUCGAAUACAAACUUAAGCGUAGCCAGUUGAGCUCGUUGCUAUGUUCUAUGAUGGUUUAGUUAGCACUUCUUAUAAGCAUUGUUUCGUUUUCCAGAGGCCUCUCCGCAGCUAACCGCGUUGAACUCGCUUUUGCUUGCUAGGUUUUAGUUGACCUCAGCUGUAGAGUAGAGGACAGUCAUCCAUAAAAUCACUUUCGACGUAACCUGCAAUAUAUCUUGGAUUUUAACCGUCAUUUUUGGUGAGUACAAUCUUUAAGGUUACCUUUCAAUUUUCUAGUUUUAAAAAUGCAAACAAAACUUCGUUAAUACUACUUGAUCCUUCAUUGUGUUCAGGAGAUGCAUCGUAGCGUUUGGUUGAUCGUAUCAACAGGCUGAUCUUUCGGGGAGUUUAGACUCGGUACGAUUCCUGUUAUCUAUUUUUUGGAGAAUUCUGUUUGCUCCGUGUAAAGGUCGUUUUAUUCAGAGGGUUGUGCAUCCUUUUAGCUUGAAAUUUUAACUAGUUAGCAGGAUCUAGACGUGGUACACACCUCGUAUGAUAAUCAGGUUUACGGCGUUGCCGCUUCAUCAAUCCAUCCUUCCUUUCAGAUGGGUAAAAGGCUACUCAUAGCGCUUUCACGUCUUUUCAUGAAACUGGUGUUUUUUGUCUUCAAUUUGAAUGGUUCUGUAGUAUGCUUGUAGAAAUAGUUUUUUCCCUUUCUACCUUUCCGUGACUCCCAGCUCACUGGUUGAAUUUUAUUUAGGGUGUGUAGCGAGGUGAAGCAUGCUUUGAACUUGUGAUGGGGGGUUGGAGAAAGAAAGUUGCUCUCUUAAACAUCCCGCCGAAGAAAGCGAAAGUCUGCAAAAAGAGCUUGAGUUUUACAACGUUAUUGUCGCACUUCAUUGUGAAACGAACAAGCACAUGAAUCAGAAAUGCUGUGAAGCAAAAAUGUGUUGUUAAUGUUUUUUAGCAGGGUUAAGUGCCAUUUCCUUGACGAAUAUACAAAGCAUACUUUCUCGCCUUCGCUUGAAAAAAAUCUGCAUACAGUAUUCCCAGAGAGGAACCAGCCUUUUUGAAAGGUUUAUCGUGACCAGAUUUCUUUGUGUGAGAGAAACCAAUAAUUUCUGUGAACUGUGUUAACUACUUGUGCGACAGGAAAUCCUUUUUACUUCUAGUUCACUGUACUAUUCCCUGCAUUGCAUUUCAUCAGGACGGCUUUCACACAAAGGAAGAAUCAUGUCGUCCGUACAAUGAACCUGUAUGUUGUUUUUUUCGCUGGUAAAAAACUCAUUUUCGACAUUUUUUAAUCUCUUGUAGCCGUUCAAACUAAACCUCUAGUUAACCACUUGUAGAAGCAUUUCUGCUUUGAAGCAGCUUUUAGUCAGCUUGAUUGCUAACUAAAUGUCAAAAAGAUGGAAUUACAUUAUGCGUUUUUACCCAGCUUUAGCUGAAUAGUAUUCAAAUGUUUAACUCUGUAACGUACACGUAAAUCGAACUGUUAACAGUAUCAUCUUUGCGGUGCGUCAGCAACACCUAUACAACUGUACUGUUGUGCCUUGAUCAUAUUCGUGAUUAACCUUGUCUAGACAAAAAAAAAGUGGUGGUGGCGAUAACAUUCUUAUAAAGUGAUUACGUGCCUCUUCUAGAAAUGUGUUCAAAGUGUUGUUCAUGUGAUUUCGAUAGCACGGUUUUAUUCCUUAUUAGACAAUAGCUUGCAGUUUGUAAGGGCUUAGCAUUAAGUGAAGUCGUCUUGUUUUUAUUUUUAAAAAUAUUUUGACCAAGAUAUUGUAAUUGAAAAAUUGCAUCAUUGAAGUUCAGUGUUGUAAGAAACAGCAUUAUGUAGUGUUUAUAUGAGUUCUUUUCACAUGACUAAAUUUAAACCAUUCAAGGUUAAUUGAGUAACUUCGUAACGCUAGUGCUUAGAAUUGAACGCACAAGGAAUGUCGGAUUUGUCGUAAAGAAAUAGGAAAUAUGUUUGAAUACUCAAGUAGAGUAUUUCGCACAUGAUUUCAGUGCCAGGUGAAUGCGAGAAGAGGGCAAAAUAGCUGUGAAAUCCUUGAGAAGCGUUCGAAUCAUUUUGGACAGUGUUCGCACUUGCACUCACGUGCGGUGGCACUUGUUUACAUGUUGUCAUAACAGCGUCUUAUCAGGCACGUGACUAAUUGAAAUUUUGCGGGGCUUUCCCUGACCUUUCAGACAGAAGCAACCUCUGUGAUGGAGUACUCUGGACGUGAAGAACCUCAAGGGUGAGUUAUUUCCGUUCAGAUGUGGACAGAACCCUUGUUCAUCGCUAUUUGCAUCAAGACGAGACUAAACAAUCUCUUCAACACUUUCGGAUUUGAUUUUUAAAAAGCCUCCGACUUCAAGUUAUUCUUGUUGAUAAAAAAGCUAAAAUCAUAACCAUUCUUAAAGUUUUGUUGAAGGUGCUUCAGUCUGCAUGUAAGGUCAACACUUGUGCACUUACGGUUUUAAGUAAAUAAUAGUCUGGCCGUAAUUUUUUUAAGGGACGGAAAAAUAAUGGUGCGUGUUUAUCUCUUUAUGGCUGGUGACCUAUAAUGUCAAUACUACAAAGGACUCGACUGUUUUUUUUCUUUUUUCGUUGUCUGCUUUUUUGAUUGUGCUCUCCACUAAGGCUGGGAAAAUGCAAAUUUAUACAAGUUUCAGAUAAAACGCCAUUACGAUAUCCAUUCCUGUCCGCAAGUUGUGUAGGAUUAACUAGACGCACGGUAAUUUUAUGUUUCCAUUAUCAUUCCUUGUUGUUAGCUAUGAAAGUUUUUGUGGUACUCUGCCCACCAUUCAGUCAAAAUCUCCAUAAAAGACGAGUUGAUAACCGUUCUGAAUAUGAAAUUGCCCAACUGAAUGGCAAGGAGUAAUGCAUGGUUAUACAUUUUUUUAACCGAUUACAGGGAACGAUGCAUCAUGUUGUUUUAUAAUGAAAGAGGAACUAAAUUCUCUUGUGUUUAUCGGUGUUGUGCUUCAUUUCAGGGCUGUUGGACCAAGCUUGGAUCAAGUCGGACAACAGGUACGUAUGUGUAAUUGAUAGUGCAAUUUCGCAGUCCCUCUUGGGUAGCCACAACUGCUACUGAUCUGGUUUACCUAUGUACAGUGUGUACUUACUAUGAAUAUAGGCAAUGUGAAAGAGUAUCAGCAAGACUGCUUCUUGUCUCGUCACGUAACUAAGUGUUCCAAUACAAGAAACCUUCUAACAACCGUAAUUGCUGCGUUCCAUAGAGGCUCAUUGUGCUGUCUUCCAAGGUGAAAUUUUUGCUAGUAAUUAUUGUUAGAUUUGCUAUUUGAACAUCACCUGCAAUAGUCAGCAUAUUAAUUUGUUGCAUGUUUUCCUGUCAAGAUGCCUUUAAGUUGGCAUAUUGAUUUGUACUGUAGAUUAGCUUUUGUUAUGUAUGUAUCUUUAGGAGCAGUAGCCAGGGGCCAUAUUAAUGAAUGCCUCACUAAAGCUCUCGGGUGGCAAACAUUAGUAAUGAUAAAUCUUUAUUUAUGAGGGUUUUUUUUAUUUAAGAGUGUCUUAUAAAACUUGCCACAGGCUGUUGUUGAUCAUGAUAUAAGGUCAGGGACAACAAGACAGCUCAAUUACAGUUUUAGUUAUUACUUCCGCAUAUUUGAACUGUAAUUAAUAUCAGAUUACAUUCCCUGAGACUCAACAGACAAAAAGUCACCAGCUUGAGACGCUGUUGCUGAAGAAGCAGUACCAUAUACAUAGAGACUCCAGAAACCAGUAUUAAAUUUGUAAGAAAAAAAGUGGACGGUUUUAUAAACUAACCUGGAUGGUGUAUUUAAGAAGCUGACUGUUAAUAAACAAUUAUUGGCUGAGGCUUUGUGAUAUCCUUAAUAACCAAGUUCGAGCUAAGUGUUAUCAACUGAGCCAAAGGCCGAGGCUGACAACACUUACUGAGACCUUGAUUAUUACGGAUAUCACAAAAACUGAAUCUAAUAAUUGUUUUCUUAUACAUUGUUUUAAAGAAAAUAACAACAAACACACCAUUCCAAGGAACCUGAAUUGAUAUUGUUAUUGGAAAUCAUGCAUUGCGGGCGCAACCUACAGAUUAGUCUGUAGGUUGCGCUGAUUUCGAAAAUUAGCUGAGGGCUCUUAGCCAUUGGGAAGACGGAUAGUGAGUACAAUGUGUAAUAUAAGUUAUUAGCUUAGCUCCCUUUGAAAAUGAUAGCAAAAUAUGUUUUCCCAUUCACAAUCUUGUGAUAAUGACGGGCUGUUCUGAGUGGUUGUUCUACUAGCUCUGUAGCAUCAGGCAGCCCUUUUGCUGUGCUCUGUGAAAGAUAUGAGACUGUUAUGAGAUUGAUAACACAACAAAAAAUAGGGGCAAAUUUAGUCUUAAUUGCCUCACCUUUCAUUGGUAACAAAAAGAAUUUAAGUAGAAUAGAGUCUCAGUGAUGACUCCAAGGAAAUAUUUUGCAUGGGCUCUAGUUUGUAUUUUCUUCAUGGUAAUCAAAGAAAAGAAAUGGUAUAAAAAGCUGAGACAGUCUUGUCCUUUUUCAAUAAUUCCUUGCUUGAUUUUUUUGCAACAAUCAUAAAGUUGUUAACAUCUUUAGUUACUUUUCACUAUUUCUGUAAAAAUUUUGAUUUGGUUGAUGAAUAUAUCCACUGAAAACUGGGUGGUCAAAAUGAUUAUGCUUCGAAAUUAGCGGGGAUCAUCGUAGCAAAGGACAAGCUAAGCAGGCUUUUGUAUUUGUCAAGCCGGCUUUUUCUCCAACUUUACCUCAAAAAUUCCCCACGUCUUUGUUUGCAAUUGAGCUGGUAGCAAGCUCUUUUUCAGCCGCGGAAAUUAGCCGUAAUCCGGGACUUAGCGACAAUUCAUGGUUAUUUUGGUUCCAUUGGAACCAGUCAAGGCUAAGUAGUCACUAAUUUGGAGAUCAUGCUCUCCUACUUUUUAAUUAGCCUGAAAAUAACGUUAGAGUCAAUUAUGAUUAGUUGAUGAUUUACUCUAAGAGUCAGUCUUAUUUCUGUCAUAUUGUAUUUUCUACAUCCUCACCGAAUUUCUGUCACAAUUUAAAUUGUCAAUUUGUAGAUUCCUUAAUCUUAAGGAGUAUUAACAGCUCAUUGUUUAGUUUUCAUUGAAGGAAGUUGACUUGUUCAUUACCGUGAAGUAAAUUUACAACCAGUUGUUUUUUGCCUUGGAUAAUUAUCUGUGUAGUCUACAUGUGUCUUGCACGAUAUUAAGGGGCUAGGUCAUGCUAUUUGCUGUCUUUUUAAAAAGCUGAAACUUGUCCUUGCAUCGAUUGAAUUAAAAGUUCAGUUUUGUUUCCUAAUAAGACUAUAUUUACAUGUAGGCAUCGAAAGUCAUCUGUUGCAACGGAUGGAAACUUGAAAUAGUUGGGAUAAUGUUUUCAAGUUUUAAUAAUUUGCCUGCAAAAGUAACCGAAAGAUUAUUAUGGUGAGUGCUCCUUAUAUUUACAGGAGUAUUUACACUGUGGUGUAAAGGUAAAGAUGCUGAUUAAUUAAUGACCUCAGCACCGAACUGAUCUGAAACAGAAACAUCUUUGUGGUAUAGCCCCUUUUAACACUGAAAAAGUGGUUCCCUUUUUUGUCUGUAAUUGCAAAGUCAAGGUCACUAGUUCUAUAUUUGAUUGGUACUUGUAUCUCACUGCUUCGUAAAUAUCACCACCAUAGACCACCUGCGGAAGAUGUAAAAGUUAAACAAGUCGUAAUAAGUGCAUUCCAGUGUCAAGAAUACUUAGUUUGAACAUCUUUUAGAAGUGAAAAAGUUGAAAGUUGAAAAAGUGUUGUCUCUUUUGUUGUUACCUAAAGUAAAAUAAUACUUUUCGUCUUCAAAUUAAUGAGCUAGAGUUUGAAACUUGUAUUUUAUUACAGGUUGCUGUUUGAGCAGAAUAAAAUCUCUGAUCAAAAUACAAUGAUUUGUUUAUGGGAGAUGGAACUUGUUUUAUUCUGUUGCCAGCUCUUAAAACUGUGUUCUGUUCUUUUGGCUGAAUUGAGUAGAAGAACCUUGGUUUUUCUCUUUUUGUGCCAUUUAAUCCUCUUGUAAUUCUAUUGUUUAGUAAAACAUAAAUUAUUCAUUGUGUGUGUUUUGGUCUCAAUCUGUGAAUUCUUUUAACUAAAAGAACAGUUAAGUUCUGGAUUUUUCUUAUGUGAUCACAGUUUGACAUAUUUAUGCAGAAGGAAAAGGGUUAAAAGGCUUGUUUACGUAUAAGAAUUUUGAAAAACCUUCUUGAAGGAGUUGUAGUUGGAAAUUGGUUGAUAAUGAUGCAUUAAAUAUUUACUACCCCAAAAUAAGACACAUGCUAACAUUUCACUCUAUGGACCAACAAUUGACUGAAGUUUUGAUUCUCUGUGUGACACUCAUUUUUUAAUCUGAAAUCCUGUUCCCCCUGACAAAUGGCGAGGGUAAGUGAAGAUCGUUUUUUUGCACUGUCUAAAAUGAAAAUAACUGGGUUUUUGGUGGUUAAGACAGCAUUUAUAUUGAUUUAAGGUGAUACAAGUUGAAACUGUUGCAUAAUAAAGUAAAGCCAGUUAUUUUGUGCCCUACUUCAUUUAAAACGGAAAUAGCAUUUUCUCUCAUAAAUUGUGCUUUGGAACAUUAAAAUGUUAAUUUAUUUGGUAGAUACCCUCCCCCUCAUUUGGUCAUGUUAACCCUUUAUAUAAUAAUUAUGAAUAAAAAUUAUCCUUGGACAUUUUUUGCAGACUCUUAGGUAUCCUAGCAUUGAUAAAAAAAUCGAUUCUUUAGUCAUGACGUUGCCAAGAAGAAAAAGAAGUUCUCUCAGUUCCCUAGCUAAAAAUGUAUUAUCAAAAUCGUUCAAGUCUUACCUUCAAGUAAGAUGUGCUAUGAUAUUAAAUUGUGCAGGACUCAUAGAAGACUUGAGUCGCUAUGGUCCUGCUUUCUCUGUAGAAUUUGUAUCAUUUUGAUACUUUGUUGGAAUUGAAUUUGAAUUUGGGGCAUAUAAAGUCAAGAGACUGUCAGAUUAGGGUGGACAGUGAAUAUGGUUUGUUUGUAGAGCUUGCUUAGCCAGGAGUCAAUAUUUCUUUGUUGUUUAAAUUUACUGAAUGCAACAAUUUCUUGUCAGUUCUCUUACAUAGGAGAAGAUGAACUGCCAGAUGUUAAGAACUCUAAAUCACCUGACAGUGGAAGAAGAAAUGGAACAAGACCAGGAAAGCCUCGAUCAGGUCGCAAUAGGCAACCAAGAGAUACUGACUACUUCAUCAGGUGCAAGCAACUGUUCUUGUUUAUAGAUAUUAUUUAUUCUGGUUUUAUUCCAUUAUAACGUAGCUUUGUGUCACUGUUAACCUAGUAGUGUGCUUUUACAUACCCGUGGAAUGAUUUCAUCUAAAUAUUAAGAGCACCCUAAACCUUUGAAAAUUAUCCAUUAGUUGUCUGUCUCCUGAAAAGCCUUUUCAGCCAUUAAUUUGGUUAAUUAAUUGAUUGUUAGGAUGUGGUUAACAAAUUUUCUUUUCUCAUUUUAACCUUGUACAUUAUUUUAGUGACAGUAUGGCGAAUAUUUUGAAAAUAAAGAAAAUUAAUUUAUUUUGGAUGAUAUUUUGUGGAUUUCUUAUUGCCCAUUGACUUUGCUUCUCCGUUAUUUAGUUCUUUGCAAGAGAACAAUAUUGCUUUAUGUAAAUUAUGCAUUUGGACAAAAUAAUUGAUUGGUGUAAAUUCCUACUUUGUGUGUCUCUUUUUCAGCUAAAUUUCUUCGAAGCCGAUUUGAAGGUUGUUAUGGAUGAAAUUUCUAUUCUAAAUACCACAUCAACUGUGUUAGUUUAUUCUAUACCAGACAAAAUUAUGUGCAGCAUUUUUCUACCUAUUUUUAUUUUCUUUAAGCGGAAGUUUUGAAUCAUGUGUUAGAUAAAAGAUGAUGUUCACUACCUUCUGUAAUGUCUAUUAUUUGAACUGCAGUCAUAGUUUUUGUAUCCCUUUAGCUCUAAUGUUGAUCAACAUUGCUCUAAUGCAUUAUUUUAAUCUUUCCUUGUCAUCCAAGGGGUGAAUCAAUAUAUUGCUCAUAAGAGUUUUGGAAAUGAUCAACUAGAUUAUCAUGACAAACACAAAUUCUCAGUAAUACUAAAAUGAGAGAUGUAAGGAGAAUUGUGUAGAGAUUAGCAGUAAUCAAUGGUUAGGAAGUGCAGGGGAAGAUAUGGGUUUACCUUGGAUAUGUGAUUGGUGAGAACCACUUUCAUAAUUGUGUACGUGAAUCAGAGAGAGCCCUUUUAGUUGCAGUGUCAACAAAAGGAAUCAUGGUGGAUCAUGAGUGUAGAAGCUGAAUUGAACAACACAGUAAACAAUACUCAUAUUUAAUUCAACAAUUUUAUUCCCAGUUGCUUAGAUACAAUUAGCCUGCGAAUAAUGAGGUACCAAGGAGAGAAGGCUGUAUUCGCAGGCAAAGAUACAGCAAAAACAGUAAUGCAUGGCACAGUGCUCAGCCUGAAAUGUAUACAGUCACGACUGCAGGAAGUCCUAUUACUCAAUCAGCGAUUCAAUCUGUGUUCAAUGACCAAAGGCUGUUUAUAUGCAGUAGAGAAUAAUGAGAAAGCUUAGUUUACCACUAGAGUUAAAAGCUUAUUGAAGCCUUCAGGUGACGAGCAACAUAACUUGCUUGGAAACGUAUAAAAAUAUAAAAAUAUAAAAACCACAUGCAUUGGAGUGAAACCUUAAUAAACUUAAUUUACAUGGAUUUCUAGACUCUGGUAACAUUUGUAUCUUACUGAAAACAUGUCCAUUACUAAUCUGAGAUCAGGCUCUACUUUCAUUUUCCUGGUUCAAAAGGUUCUCGGCCAGCAAGGCUAAUCAAAAAGUCUCACAUUUAGUACAGUAUCGAUAUACAGUUGAACUUCCUCUAAUGGCCUGCUCUCUACAUUAUGGCAGUUUUUUGGCGGGCAGUUGUGAAUCCGACAAUGAUUGUUGCAUCUCUUGCAUGUGCCUGCACGUGAUUACUGUGCCAUCAAACUUUGUGGCCACAUACCAUGCAUAUUAGUUGGUAGAACACGAGCAUCGCAAGAAUGUGGACAGAUUUUGAAAAAAAAUUCACAAAACAGUGUAUAAAGUACCGCAGACCAAGACUUCUUGGUCUACGGGCUCUUUCCGCAAAUAUAGUUCAGUGAGGUUUUGCUCAAGCAAGAAUUAUUCUUUUGAUAUUUUUCUGCCAAAGAAUGAAUGCUCUUCGUGACAAAUAAAGGAACAGUAUUUUUCCUAAUUUUAAGUGAUGUGUACAAAGUCCUAAUACAUUUGAUCUGUUACACUAAUUUUUAUUUUAGUAUAACCAGUUUAAGAGAUCCUGAUUUUUUUUCCUUUGAGAUAAUAUAUCUUAUUAUUAUUAGAUAUACAUUGUAGCUACUCUAAACUUUGAGUUGAAAUAAAGGCUAUAGAUGUAUGUAUUUCUUAUUUUUCAAGUACUACACGUAAAAUGUCAGAAAACCAUGAGCAACAGAAAUUGUAGAAUAAGUGUUUUUGACCUGCCCAGCAAUAAGUGAAGUAAGUUAAUAUAUCUUGAGACUAGAACAAUAAACGUUUUUGGACUACAAAGAUACCUGCAAGCACUUCGUGUUUUUUUCUUUCUUUUCUUUUUUUUUUAAUCGCAGCCUGCCAUCUUCCUGCAAACACCUCCUUAGUAUGUACACCCCUAGAUUAUGGUCAUUUGUUUUGGCCCCAAAAUACUUAAUUUUACUGUCAAUUAAUACCAGAGAGCUACUUGCAUUUUCCCCUCGUUCUUCUUAUCAACAUUCCAGUUAACUAGCUCAAUGUAGCUGUGGGAAUUUGCAAGGUUCUGGUUACUGUAUGUUCUUUUGUAUCCUUAACUUUUUCUACUCUCCAGUCCAAUAUUAGUUCUAAAAAGUAUAUUGUACUGAGCUGCUUGUUAAUGUUGCCAUGUUACUAGGAUUCUUGUGCCGCCCACCAUGGUUGGUGCCAUUAUUGGCAAAGAAGGAAAGAAAAUCAAAGAUCUCACAGACAAAACAGGAACGGAGUAAGUCUCUUUAAAUUUAGUGAUGGCCUUUCAUAUAUUUUUGAUUGUAAAUAACGUUGAAUUUUAAACUUCAAUUAUGGCUGCUGGUAAGUUUACGUUUUAGAAAGGGCAUGUGUCUUGAGCCAGAUCACCAUUUUAGUUGGACAGACUAGAACGAUUGGACAUGCAUUAUACUAACUCAUAUUUUCAGUACAAUAUACGCCGUCAAGUUAAAAGAAUAAUGAUAUUCUUUGGGUAUUUUGAUCUGUCUGGUCAUCAUGUCUGACCUGCAGGUUGGAUUUCGUCUGGGAUUUAACAAACUUAAGCCAGGUAUUGUCCAUUGACUGGAUGAUAUUUAUAGCUCUGUGAAUCAUUUUGCUGCCUAACAAUAUUAUUUAUUUUUUAAGCUAUCUUGAUCAACAGUUCUUCUUCAUCAUGGGUGAUUAAAUUGGUUAAUUUCAAAUGUCAAUGAACCAGUUGAAAUUUCUUAGAAUUAGUGUGCCCAUAACUAAAUCAAAUUAUAAGCCAUGUUCACAAUUCUUGACAUUCUUCCUUCAGUACAUGUGUGAAUAAAGUAAAUAUUAUUUCAGUAUAGUUUUGAUCGAGAUGCCUCUAACAUAAAUCACUCAGCCAUAACCUUGUAAACCUUGCCUUUUUGUCUCUAGCAUCACUGUUCACAAGAAAGAUGACAAAACUCCAUUUGAAAAGGUAUUUCCUUCAUCAGAUGGCUUUUCAAAUCAUAUUAGAAGUGUGUAUUAUUUUAAUGAUGCAGGGGGUAUACCAGGGGUUUCAAUAAGCACUGAUGACUGAUAAAAAGCGUCUGCUACUUAACUCAGAGAAGUCGGCUACUAUUUUCCCGAAAGAAGAAGCAACUAGUUUUAAUAACAUCGUAAACAAAUAAUAUAUCAUAAAUCUGAUGGAAAUUUCAUUCUGUGUUUUCACGAAAGCUUAUUAUGUGAACGCUGUAGGUCAGUCAAUUUUUUAGAUAUUUCUUUAUAGGUUCAUGCAUAGUUUGUUCACAGGCGAGUGUGCGUUUUGAUUAUAGUCAUUGCUUCCAUGAGUUGUGUGUGUGGCUGAUAAAUAACUUUAUUGAAACUUGGGUGAACACUUUAUUUUCUUAAAUGUACGCAAUUGUACUCCAUUUAGUCCCCAGAAUUCUGAAAAUCAGAGUUCAGGGCUUUUCAAAGUUGGACUAAAAUUAUAAUGCCGGUGCACGUUGUUGAUACUGUUGGUUGCUCUUUUCAAACCUGCUGCCUACUUCAGUUUUUAUUGAAACCCCUGCAUAUACUGAACAGUCACAGGUUGUCCAACUUAUAAAGUUAAUGUAACAAAAUUGCAAAGCAAUACAAGACAUUUUUUGUCAUGGUCAUUCCCUGAAGCCUGAGCUAGAUAACAGUAUUUUUUUUAUCUGGUUUUGUUUUGUUUUUUGUUUGUUUUUUAGUGUGUAAAGAACAGUUACAUAUUUAACUGUGCAAGCAUACUUGUUUGAUUAGAUUUAUGUUGUCACACCAGAAUUAUUAUGCAACUGCAGGCCAUUAAUCAGCGCAUAAUUGGUUGGCAUAUACAGAAAGAACAAGAUGAAAAAAGCCCCCUGGUGGGGAGAUAUACACCACUGUGCUCUGAUGACUCCAUACAAGUCCUUAUAAAUUGACUUAGAUAUUAACGUUUGUGAACCAGGCCUAUUUAAGAAGGAUUGGAGCAUGAGAGUGCUUAUAUCUCCAAGACUGCCAAAAUACUUUAAAUGUGGCCACUCAUCCCAUGUCAUUCCCCUCAUUGAAACAAUCCCUUAUUUAUCUCAUGCAUUAUCACAGAAUUUUUUCAUUACAUCUUCUUUGGCACUCGACAACUGGGGGCAAAAAUAUUUUCAAACUUUUGGCUAUAAGCCAAAGCUGUCAAUUCCAAUUGUUUUUGACAGCUUCUAGGUAAGGUAAAAAAUACAGUAAGCUUAAGAUUUAUAAGUUUUUCUUUUUCGAGAAAAAAAAAUGGUUCUCUGAGAGGACAUGUGCAUGCUGUCAAUGAAUAGUCUGUACAAUGACUGGUAAUAACCAUAUGGUCCAGGGGUGUUGCUUUAAUAAUUAUAUUCAUCACUUUUAACUUCUUUGUCCCCACACUGUUGGGAAUUGUGUUUCUUUGUUGCAAGGUUUUUGAGAUUGUAAAAGUGGGAUCAAGUACCCCUCUAGCAGAGUUUCCUUUCUGGCAUGCGUUCUACCAUGUACAAGUCCUUCGCAUGGCAGACUUUCGUGUCACUUGGCUUGUUUACAUUCGCUCAUAUUGUGUGCCUAUGGCAAAUUUGAAGCAACAGAAGUGAUCUCAAAAACUCUAUUUUGGCGUAAUGCUUUUGUUACUCAACUGUCACUGGGCGUACUGAAUUUAAUAAAAUUAUGAAAGAAAAAUACCAAAUUAAUUCUGGUCUUAGUAGUAAACAAUAUCAUUGUGCCAAAUGGCCUAUUUGUACUAGCAGGCUGAUUGUUACUGAGUGGACUUUUCAUCUUGUUCUGUCUGGAUGUUCUAACCAACCCCAUGAUUUAACAAUUUUAGCUUUUGUGACAUCUUUUCUUCUGUACCAUUUGUUUGUUGGUCUUGACGUUAAAAUAUUGGUACAUUUGCAAUGUCAUGUCAGACAGUGGGUAAUGAGAUGUAAUUGCUUAUUGUUAAGGUGGUAGAGAUUGUUGGAACUCCAGCGCAGUGCAGCGAAGCUAACCUCAGCAUUCACAGAACAAUGCGUUCUGAAACUGACCCUGCCAAGAGAAGGUAAGUGUAUCUCAUUAAUAAAUGUGGUACUUUGGGAAGUUCCCUGGAAAGAUGGUGAAGCCACAAGCACAAGAGCCAAGUGUGUAGGGUAACCAUAGCAACCCAGUGAGGGGCAACCACCAGUCACCUUUGCACUGAAAAAUACUGGAACAAUGACACUUACCUCAUACUUACCACAGAGAGGUUAGGAGGGCAGGGAGUUAAUUUGCCGAACACAGUCGAAAACAGGCACAGUCUACGUGAGAAUGAGUUAACCUCAACAGCAGAGCUGUAAAGGAUGCUUGCAACCGGGUAGGCUGCUGACUAGCAUUGUUUCACUCUUAACUUCGCGUAAAUUACAUUUAACCACAUUUAAACUCAUCAAUUGAACAAUCGAUGGGCUUGGGGAAAGUGCCUGCUAAAAUAAUGUAAUUUUGAAUUUAGCCCUCUCAACAAUUUUUGUCACUCUUAAGCCGAACUUUGUUUAUAAUGAAUAAAUAAUUAAGUAUAAAGUGUAAUUUAGGCAAGGUCUAACACAAGACAACACUGGCAAGUGGUCUUCCUCGUGUAUCAUAUCUGGGUCUGUCUUUGGCCAUUUGGAGUGCUCUAGUAACAGUAGUUCAGCGCUGCAAUAACAGUCAGUCAUUGGGCAUUGGCUGACCAAAAUUUGUUAGUGUCUGACAAAAUCCUACCUGUGUUCAGACAUUAUGUCCGGAGAAUGUUUUUUUAUGGUAAAUCAAUUACGGUAAGGAAGAAUAAAAAUCUGCCUCAACUAAAUCUUGCUUUUUGUUAGGAUGAUCUCCAAGUCACGAAACAACAUUGACUUGGGUAACAAAGCUUUCUUUCACAUUAAACUCUCCACUGAGGUUGUCAGUGUGAUGGUGUGUGGGUGGUUGUUGUUCACAGGGUUGUCAUGAUUACCCUCUGUGCUUGUUGGUGGCUCCCUCAGUUUACCCAGGUGCCUUCCACACACCCAUUGUAUUGGUGAUGGGUUUACUUGGCUUAUACAUGGUCAAUACUUAGUGCCAGACCAAACGACCUCUGUCUUGGAGAGAGUUCACUUCGAAUAAGAGGUGGAUACAGUUUGUUGCGAUGAGGAAUUUGUAAUAUUCUGCUUAUACCUUUUUUGAAGGUGAAUGUAGGGUUAAAAAUAAAUAUGAUUCUUGUGAACUGAUGGCAAAUAGAGCAUUUGUGGCAUGCUCCCUACAGCACAGCUUAGAACACUGAUAAUGUAGGCUUUGACCAGUCAGAGAAUGGGAACUUCUCUACUCACCUAAGAAGUAAAUUAAUAAGCUAACUAUAAGACUGUCAAUAGUAGUUGCUGUUUAGUUGUAGACUGUAGUUUCAAAUGUGCUCUUCUAAGACUUGUAUUUAUGUGCAGGACCUUAACCACUGACUGUAUUUAUUGACUCAGUGGUCCUUCUGUUUGAUAUCAAUCUUUCUCAAGUGACUGAGAUAAUCUGUUAUCUGCCUUUUAGCCCUGUGGUGGAGAUGCGUGUUUUGAUUAACAGUGCAAUUGCUGGAAAACUGAUUGGUAUGCAAUUUGAAUUUUUUAAUGUAUACUCUUGCUGCUUGAUCUAGGUUCUUCAAUACAUCUCAAGUGUAAUUGUCAAUUCAUUUGUUAGCUUUGAUGAAUGAGGUGUUAACGCUCAUGUGAAUCACGAGACCAUUAUUUUUUAAAUUUAUUGUUAUAGGUAAACAGCAUGUUCAUCUCAAAUGUAUAACAGACCAAACAGGAGUUACCUCAGUUCGAGCAAAAAAGUAAGUGUCUUAAGAUGUUCAGUAUCAUCUACUGAACAGAGAGAUACCAGUAUCCAGUUAAAUAGACCACAAAACACCAAGGCCUCCAUACCCUACUACCUUUGACUUUCUUCAGGUUUUUUAACAAUUUCGAAAACCAUUUUAUCUUUAAUUUUUUGUCAACUCUUUAGGCAGUUAAAUGUAAAAGUAUUACAGUUGAAUCUCCAUUAGGGGACCACCCUCUAUUAAGCGGCUUCCCUCUAUUAAGUGGCCAGAAAUCUAAGUCCCAAAUUAAUUUUAGAAAAGAAUGGGAAUUUAAACCUCUAUUAAGGUGGCCAUGACGGUGGCCACGUAUUGGCCAUCCCAACGAGAGUUCUCCCAUUGUUGUCACCUCUAUUAAGCGGACAUCAAGAGCUUGAUACACUUUACCCAGUGGAGUUUGGCUUCAUUUUAAGAAUCUGAUGAAGGAAAAUACAGUCCCAGAUAGAAGUUGAGGACCAAAAAUGGGUGUUUGUUUCAAAAUAAAGUGAUGUUUCUACUUGAGAUUAUGCUGAUUUAUGACAAACCUCUUUUGAGCGCCCAACUGCCUUUAAACGGCCACUCGUGGCACCCCGAGGAUGGAUGCUUAAUGACCUUUAAUGUCGUGAAAGUCACAUUUUUCAAAUAAUGCAGUAGGGUCUUGUACAUCCUCCUUGUGUUUUAACAAAGGAGAAAGAAAAGACCAAGAGCUAAAUAGAGUUGCCCAAUGAUGGGACUAUCUGAUCUGAGACACCGUCUUGAUUGCAACCUUGUGCUGAACUACUAGGGGGUCUUAAGCAACAACAAUGGCGAUGGUAGUGAAAACGUCACGUAAAAAGUGAAUUGGCACUGUUUCAAAACUCCAUAGCUCUUAUUCAAUUUCAUUCAAUGUCAAUUCAAUUCUGAAGUUGAAUUCUAAAGAAUUGUAUCUGUAAGUACCGGUAGAGAAAAAGAAAAAGGAAAUCGUUUUCUUGUUCACCUCCUCAAUGAAACAUGAAAUUAGGAAGUUUCACAUUGCAGUUGUGCGACAGUGGCAAGAAAUGUACACAAAAGCCUGUUGCUCAUGCAAAGUUGUUGUUUUGCUAAUCUAAACUUACUGCUUUUCUGCCAUUCUUGUUGUUGUUCCUUAAGCUUCCCAUUAUAUUCAUACCGAAACAACUUCCUAAGCUCAGCCUUAUCUAUUUUUAUCCUAUGUAAUGAUUAUUUUCUAUGUUGUAAAGAAAUCGUGUGUGAUUAGUUAAAUUGUCUUGCCGAUGCCAGUUUUGUAUUCAUUAAUUAAUUUAUAUAUUUUAAAGGUGGUCCUUUUUAUAAGCCUUAUUGGCUUCCUUGGGCUCCCUUAAUUCAUCUGUUUUUUUUUUUUGUUAAUUUUGUUAACAUAUUAUUAUUGAAUUUAAUUGGCAAAAUGAUGAUAAAAUAACAAAAAAUAAAAAUAACACCUCGGCAUUUAACCUUCUGAUCUUUGUUUUAAAGGGAUGACUACAACCCAUUAAAUCAUAUGGACAGAGUGAUUACAAUACAAUGUCAGCUCCCACCAGAACCGUUAACCUUAGAUGAAAACACUAUGCUCAGUCCACUUGAGGAGGAGGCACUAUCGAAAUGUAGUCAAGCGGAAAAUAUGGUUAGCACUAGGGCCGAUGGCUGCUUUAAAACCUUAAAGAGAGAGGUUAGUGAACCACAGUCUGUCUUUUUUAAUUAACAUAUUUACACCUUAGCAGCUUGUAAUCCCCCACAUGGAACCGUGGACACUGUCAGCAGGGAUGCCGCUAAGAGCUGACUGCCGGCUAAUUUUGCUGGCUGAAAAAAACCCUUACCACUGGCUCAAAUAACACUAGAAAACUUAGGUUGUUAAAGAAGGUAAAAAUUAAAAUGGUGAUAAAUAGAAAAUGACUAUGGAUGGUUUUGGUGGAAUGGGAUCAACAGCAGCCUAGGUUGUUUGAUGCAAAAAUAUGUUCUAGCUUCUUUCAGUAUUGUGACCAGUACAGUACUUGCACCAAUGUGAACACUUUUUUUUUUCAAGUACCCAGUCUAGAAUUUGGGCAUGCUACCCAUGCCUAAAAAAAAAAGGUCCAGGCCCAGGUUGUUCAAAAGCUGGAUAGCGCUAUCCACCGGAUAAAUCACUAUCCAGCGGAUAAGUAUUACGGGAAACAAUUGCGUUAUCCGCUGGAUAGCGCUAUGCAACGUUUGAACAACCAGGGCCAGAACGUAUACUCGGGCACAUGGACACUGGUUCCCUGUGUGCACACUGUUUAUAUUUCAGUUCUCAGGCAGUCUACUGCUUAGCUCAUGUUUCAAAAUGGUGUCAGACAGUGUGAAAUGGAGUAACUAUGAACAUAGUUACGUCUUAAGUACUCAAAAUGUGAACCAAACACCAUUUUGUACUGGUACUCAGGCAGGGGUUCUCAGGAACCAAGUGUCGACAGCCCCUUAGUGAGUUUGAACUGCUAUGACAUACUCCCUUGUAAUGCGAAUCAGUUUAAAUUGUUUGAAUGAGACUUGUUAUUCUACCCCUCAGCCUGGACCGUAUCACCAUCCACACCAUCACCACCCUCAUCAGUUCUUCAUGCAACCUCAACAAGGUCUGUGGCCCCAUGUUCAGUCUCACAACAUGGUAAGUAACUUGGUGCUUUGAGUUUUCUUUGUUUUGUUAAGUGCAAGUGUGUUGUGAGUGUUCUAUCACCUUUGUCCCUGAGAGAGGUGGAAAAAUGAACACCUGGGCUUCACUGUUCAAAGAUGGGUGAAGAUAACCCAGAGUUGGUGUAUAAUUUGAAUUCAGAUAUGAAAGCUUCAAAAGCAAAUUCAGUUUAAUUCAUUUAGCCUUCAAUUUUUUAUUUGAUGUUCUGAAAGUAUUAGUGAAAAUUAUCCACGAAUAUGCUUUUGAACAAAAAAAAGUAACCAGACUAACAUUUAACCCUGGGUUAGCACUAAUCACUAAUCAGUCUGUGAACAACCAGGCCCUAGGCUGGGUUUGCGAUAACCCAGGGUUAAUCUGGGCAUAAUUUAUAACCUUAAGAGGUAGGGUUAAAUUCGUUUUGUUCAAAAUUGUGAAUUCUUGAAAGUCCAUAAAUUUUAAAAUAAAAAUUCAAGGCCUUAAAAGGAUAAAUUCUGUUAAAUUUCGUUUUGUCUAGUAAACACAGAAAGGAUUGGGAUAAAAUUACUCAUGUUUGGAAGAACUAAAAAAAGAACAUGUGUCCUUGAAAGUCCUUGAAAAGUUCGUGAAUUUUUUGUUCAAAAAAGGGUACGAACCCUGUUCUAAAAAGAACAGGAAAUUACCAGGAAAAUGCUUUUAAAAAAGAAGCAGAAACCCAGAUUAACAUUUAACUCUGGGUUAGUGCUAAUCUGUGUAGAAAAACUGGUCUAUUUUUCUUGCUUGCCACUCGCUACCUUCUCCUGCCCUUCAUCAACUUUUGUGUCUACUUCGCACAUUAUUUUGUUAAAAUGAGAACAUGAAAAAAUCAGGUGUUUUGAGUAUUCAAGGAAUGUCCACUUUAAAAGCCUUGUACUUUUAUGAUAAUUAUGUUAAUGUUGCCCAUAUUCUAUUGCAGAGUAAUCCCUACCCUCCUAACUGGUUUCGUAUAGCAUUUGGCGAUUCAUCUCAAGGUUAUUUGCUACAAGAGGUAUAAUUAUUAUUGUUUAGGUCACUGUUUUGUUUGGCUAAAGGAAUAUGCUGUGUUUCGUCUGUUUAUUGAGUCGCUUACUUACUUAGGCCAGAAAUCAUCCUGAGCCUAAGUCACAUUGGGUGGUUUGACCAUUAUUUACUUGUAAUAGGCCUUUUGCAACUUGUAGUCCCUUGACCUGCUUAAUGCAAACAUUAUGGGAUACAACUUAAACAAAACCAAUGAUGGAAAGAGGAUGAAAAAAUGAGAGAAGCCAAUUUUGAGGGGUCUGACACAAGAGACGUAGAUUUUAUGGCUGUUGGAAUGUCUGUGAAAUUUUAAGGGUUUGUAUGGGAAAAUAUUGCUGGAGCACAAGGCCUGUGGUCUAGGGAGUUUUUCUCCCGAUUCUUAAAACCACCAACUCCAUCAUUUACUCUGGGAAUGGAAAGGUUGAAACCCAAUUACUGUAAGACCUACUUUUCUUCUCUUUUGAAUUUAUUGAAGAUCGGUUGUGACCUCAUCCUGUAAAUACCUACUAAUAUUUGCUAUUGAAAUUUUAGGUUCCAGUUAAAGUUCAUCUCACGUUUCCGUCUAAAUUUGCCGGUCCAAUCAUUGGUAAAGGGGCAUCAAAUCUUGAUCACAUAAAGAAAUGGAGUGGAGUGAGUAAAGUCCAUGUCUUUCCUAAAGAUCGAGAUGCUCCCGAGAGAUAUAUUGAGAUCAUUGGAACUCCUUUCCAACAAUACUUUGUAAGUAAACCUUCUACUCUUCAAAGUGGAGUCCCUUCCACAUGCCUACUAAAAGCAAGUCUUCUUUUCAUUUUCCUGCAUUUCCUCAAAUAAGCACUCAAGUACUUAUUUAAACUUUGGCUGAAAGGAGGGUUACUUCUUUGAAGGAAGGCACUUAAUUGAGGAGUGUGCUUAUUACUUUUUACUUUCAAAGAAUUGUAAAUUUAUUUUGGCUAAUAAAAAACAAAAACUACAAUAUUGUCCACAUCAAUGGUAAGUCAGUAUAAAUGUUUUUCAUUAAUUUGUUACAACAGUCAUUGGUAAUCAAACAUACAAUAGUACCAACACACUUUUCACACUUGUAUUGGUUUGCAUGUUUAUAAAGUACUGAUUUUCUCAUUAUCAUCAUCAAUUAAUAUUGAUUCUCUCAUCAAUAAAGUGGAAAAAGAAACGGGUUUUCCUUGUAUCCAUACUAUUUUAUUGUAAGAAAGUCAGGGACGGGAUGCUUAUUAAGGAGGGGCACUUAUUUGAUAUUGAGGCCUAUGUGGUGGGCACGUAUUUGGGAGAGUACGCUUGUUAAAGCAUAGGCGCCUAUCCAAGGAAAUACGUUAUAUAGAAGUCAAUAAGAUGCAUCUUUUCUUAAUAUUUUGAUUUAAUCCCCUACCCUUUUAUAUACCCAGAACCUGAACAAGUAUUCGUUUUGGGUGGAAUCUCCCUGUAUAGGCCAUCAUAGGAAGUAUUCCCCCCCAGGUGGUUAAAAAAAGUUUCCAAAUUCAGUCUGUGAGCAACCAUCCAUGCGUUUGACAAUCUCUUUAAAAAAAAAAUGAGUCUGUGAAUAGGGCUAGUAAGCAACCCACUUUUGCCAGUCUUCGCAGGGAUGAAGAUUGUUAAAAAGAAAUUGAUAAGAAAUCGAUAGUUCCACAUUGUAACCUAUUCCCGUACAGUAACAGAUCUUUUUCAGUACCUAACACCUUUCUUGAAUUCUUUACUGAAGAAUGUAUGCUUUUGUGGGGGCCGGGGAUUUUCCCCGGCUACUAAGAGAGUGGCCCCUGGCUACUUUUAUUGCAAAAUAGAAGAAAAAUAGAACCAAAAGAAAUCCCUAGCCGUUUGAUUCCCCACCUACUUGUUGUAUUUAUCCGGCAACUUGAAAUCUUAGUGACAACCCUGUGGAUUGUUUUAAACACAGUUAAGACACAUCGUUAUUGAAAAGUGUUGAGUAAUUCUUAUAUCUUUAUGUGUAGUUUAGAAUUUUCACAUUUUCUUAUCAGAUUGUAACACUUGUCUAAGAUUCUUAAAGCUCAACUUGAAAUUUUGCACAGUUGGUGAUGUUACAGCUGGUUUCUUAUCUGUGCCAUGUAACAACAAGCUGCCUAGGGGAGCUAAGGAGCACAAUCUGUUUGCUUUCUUCUCCUUGAGCCGCUUUCCCUAAAAUUCUUGUUGACCCCAACAGUGCUCAUUUCUGGAUCAUUUCCACAGAGAUUUCCAUGUUAAUGAUGUUCAGGUUGUUUUUCAAAUUCAUUGGUACGGAUCCCUAUGUCUCCAUUACCCCCAUAAUCACCUUUGUCCUCACACCCCACAUUUUUUAAAUUUCUCUUUGCAAGAUCUUACUAGAUGAUGAUGAUGAUGAUGAUGAUGAUGAUGAUGAUGAUUUUUAUUAUUUUUAUUUUUUAUUAUUAAAAAAGCUUUUAUGUAAGGCUGUAGUUUAUCUCCUAAUAUCUUUCUUUCGCAGGCUCAACACUUGGUCUAUUGCAAACUUGCUGAAGAGGGCUAUAAAACAAGCACAGGCGAGAACACUGCUGAACUAAAACUGAAAACAGAAAUUUUCAUACCUUUAAAGGGAGGUAGCAAGGAUCAGCCCAACAUAAUAGGAAGAUUUAUAGGCAAAGAAGGCCAGAAUGUAAGUGUAACUCGGGGAUGUAGCUAUAUAUAGUGCUUAUACUUUUUAGUACUAAGUGCUUAGCCAAGGGUUUUUAUUAGUCAAGAUGCUUUUUCCCCAACUUCACUCUCAAUAUUACUCCACAUCUUCAUUUCCCAGAGCAAUUUGGACCGGUGGUAAGGUCUUUUUCACCUGGCUCUUUAGGGACAUCCCCGAUAACUCCAAGAUACAAAUUUUGACAACCUUACGUUGGUCGAAAUUAAUUUUGGUCAGCAUUUCUUGGUUUUUUGAAAACUAUUGUAGGUUAGCUAUUAUGUAGUGGUAUGGCCAUUGUUCAGUGUUCUUUCAGUCUUUUUUGCAUUAUGUUGUUUGGUGAUCACACUCAUCCGAAACACCAAGAAACUACCAAUUUUGGUGCAAUAAGUUGAAAAAGUACUCUGUAGUUUUAAAGCAAAAUAGCUUUUUAGGUUGACUUAUUCCAGACAGCUGAUAUUCCUUUGACUUUUGAUAAAACAAGUGUGAAUUUUCACUGACAGCCUGAUUUUAGGCAAGGGGGCUCUUUUCAUCUUGUUCUUUCUGAAUAUGCUAAUCAAUCCCAUAAUUUCACACUUCUCCUCUCUGUUAUUAUAUAGAGUAUGCCAGAGAACUUGUUUGGUUUGUCAGACUAACAGGGAUGUGAUCGGAUUUAUGUCCAUCCUAGAAUAGAAACUUUUUUACAGCCCUUUUUGUUGUCAGAAUUUAUACAACUUGAGAAAAAGGGUUUAAAAAACCAUUUCACGUUUGAAUUCACAAUCAACUUAUGUUUAUUCUUGCUAAGCAGGGUAUUGUUUAUGUUCUUACAAGACUGUAUUAUUGUUUUGGAAGCUCAUUUAUCCCAACUUCUUGUGUCAUCCCUUAUUUUUGUGUUCAGGUAAAAACCCUACAGAAAGAAACAGGAGUUAAAAUAAAAGUUUUACCAGUUAAUGAAAACUCAGAAAACAACGAGGCAGUUAUACUUAUUGAAGAAAGUUUCGCUACUGGCCAGGUUAGUAAUGCUGUUAUUCAAAUUAUCACUUGAGAGUUACAGUCAAGCCAGGUCAAGUAUGUCCCCCAAGAUUCUGUGAAUGAAUUUAUUAUUUACAAGUUGAAUCGUUAAGUAUGUGUAUAUUUCAAAUUUAUCUCUGCAUUUCUGCCUUUAUAAGCAGUAAGUUCACAUGCAAGGUAGCUGUGAAAUUUCUGCCUGCUCAAGUUUCUUGAGUUUGAUCUAAAUAUCUGCAAAGCAAUUUUAUCCAUUCAAAGAUUUUUUGAUCUGACCGAAUAUUUGGAAGUGGUAGCCAAAAUUCAGAUGCAGAUCUGAAUUUGAUACCGGUGGCGGCAAUGGCUAAUGUAUUCAUUUGUCAAAUAAUUGAUUUCUUACUGGAAUCUAUGUACGCUUGACCUUGCGUGACGAUAAACAGGGAUUAACAAUGACUAAGACUGUGUUUUCCUACUGCAUUGGUUCACACGACUUUUGUUUUUAUGAUCACUUUUUAUACUAUCGGAUGUUAGAAAAGCCUGUGUCAUGACCCACUGAGCCAUUAGAGUUGGCCUUAAUAUGGUAGAUAUUUUGUUUGAAGGAAUUGUGGUCUUAAUAGAUUGCCAAGCAAUCAGUUUUUGUCUCAAAAUCAAAUUUUUAAGGAGUGAAGCGCCAGCAGAAGGUUCUCGAUGCGACUCUCUGCAGGGUGGAGAACAACUGUCUCUCAACGACGUUGUGUGCCCAAUCAAGAGGACCCAAAAGAAGAUAAACUACUGUUGAUUUUUGCUGAAACAGAAAACCGUAAACGUUUGAUUUUAAGCCCUCUCAUUUGUAGGCCCAUCUACCUGUAAACAAAAAAAUUCAUCCGGUUAUAAGCCACCUACUAGUUGGUACUGAAAUGAGUUUUUAUGACGUUUUGAAGCUUAAAAAAGUGAUCAAAUUCAAAAAGUAUUUUGAACAGCACUUCUGUGUAGCUUGUUUGGAAACACUUUUUUUUAGUCCAGUCAGAAAGCCCUCCCCCUAAAUAUAGGCCCUCCUAAAACCUCUUGCGAAGUUGUAUGCAAGCCCAGGUCUGAUAAUCGCGAAGUGUACGGUAUGAGGCGGUAUUGGGCAUUGGCAAGCUUGUAUGAUUUGAAGGGGCAGUCCCAUGCUACUUGAAAAUGAUACAGCGAAAGUGUUCAUGUCAAUGCAAAUGCACUAAUCAUGGCAUGGUCUGUUGUUGGUUUUAGCGUGCCCAGAUGAAAAUUCUUGAUUCUUUAGCUCAUUGUCAAUCUCCACCACCGAGGAGACACGCGCCAUACAGCUGAGAACCCUACUCUUAAAGAAUAUAUGGUUAGAUGCCUGUUUACAAAUGAAGGACUUAUUUUCCGUCUGGUUAAUUAACUUCUAACUUGACCGGCAUCACUCUGGUAUCUUAUUGUAUCUAUUGGACCCAUUCACUUACAUCUUGUAUUGGACAUUCUAUAUUGGUAUUGUCAGUGGCAUGCCAGGUGUAUUUUUGGUACUUGCUACUCGCUAAUUGCUGCCAGCCCAGCAAAAGCUCUGAGCAACUUUGUGGUAAUUCCAAAGUACACUGCACGGUUUGGGAACUUUUUCAGUUGUACUGUUCAAAGAGAAACAACCUAUUUUUACAAGCGAUGCAAAUAAAACAUAUGCAGUGGAAAGGGCAUUAAUAUUAUUAGAUUUCAUCUAGACGAAUCUGUGAAUUUUACAAUGACUGUAUUUCAAUGAAUGCAACGUUUUACUUUUGUGAUCUUACCCUAUGGCGGGCGUAAACAAUUUCUCUCUCAGCGACUGACGUCUUGGGGCAUUAUUUUGUGCAAGUUGUGUGUUUGAGAAAUAUCUAUGCGCAGCUUUACAUUUUAGAAGGUUCCUGCCCAUAUAGAGCUUCUUUACUCGACUUACAGUCUCAGACCUGUAAACUUGAGUUGUGCUGCCACAGUAGACUUUCCCCAUUUUAGUUGCUCAGGGCUUUCACUAGGCACUACAUUUUUCUUUGCACUAAUGAAGCAUUAAGUAAUUUUGUGUACCAUGAUUGUAAUUUUUAAAAAGGGGAAUUUUAGUAAGCAUGCUUGGCGAUGCCUUUUUCCUCCCUGAAAGGGUGAAGUACUAAUUUGUGCCAAAUGGCAAGUGGAUUAAGUCAGUUGUCUUUGUAUUGCUACAGUAGUUGCUUCCUUAAGAAGCACUGUAUUGUUUUUUUUCCUUUUUGCGCUUCUAAUCUAUUGAUUAAUUGAUAGUUCACAGCACAGUAGUUGAUAAAUAAUGAUCAUCAAUCCUAGCACGGUGUUUAUUUUCACUCUGGUUUGAGUUUGAGAAAAAUUAGUGUCAUGUAUUUUUAACUCUUGCCGGUGUAUAGACCAUAGCCAAACAAGUUAUGGCUCCUAUCUAUAACCUCCGUUCGUGAACGUUUUUAGGUGUUGUUAGGGACUUUAAGAUACCACGACGGCAGUGGCAACGAAAUUAAAAGUUCAGUUGAAGUGAAUUCUUGUUCUUUUAUAACUGUUCUAACUUUCUCGUUUUUGAGUUGAAUUCUUAGGAACAUUUUCGCCAGGAGUUUUCGUCCCCCAGAAAAUGUCGUAAAAAGCUAGGAAAUUUGACAUCAUAAUCGUGCAGUGGCGGCAGCAAAGUGCGCCCAAAUAGUAUGUUGCACGUGCAGAGUACCUUGCCUAUUAAUUCUUUAGUUCCAAAAGUGACCAGCGUUAAUUUUCUCCUAACAAUAUCCAUACAUCAUCAAGAGACAUGGAUAGAAGAAGUGAUAUAGUGAUCGGCAAAGCGAAAAUACUUUGAUCUUCUAUCAAAUUCUCUCUACUAAUUCUUUAAGGAAAUGCAUGGAGAUCAGUGUGGAGAAUUUGUUCUUGGAUAUUGAAGGUUAACCUUCUGCUACUUUGACGUUCUCCUUGCCUUUGCCGUCGUGACAUUUUAAGUUCUCUGACUACUCUCUCGUACUCGAGCGAGUAGUGCACUUAAGUGAAUGUAAAAAGAGAUGUUAACCUUUUUCUCCCUGGGUACCGGAGGUGUUAAUGGCGGACCUCUCGAGCCAGGGGUAUCCUUUUUAAACAUUCGUAGUCAAUAGGCCUUUUCGGGGUUGCAUCAAGCCUCUUACUAAUCGAGACGUAGUACGAAGCGAUUGAUAUGAAAAUCCUUUUUUUAUUCUCAUGCAAAUAAAACUCACUUUUCAUCAGAAAGGUUCUGCAUGUAGCCUCGUUUUAAAAGUGAGGGAUUUUGGAACACGGAAAUGGUCAAUUGAAAACCUUUUAGAUGGUUUAUAAAUAAUGCGACUUUCUUUCUUUGGACCAAGAUGUUGUUUAUUCUUAAGCAUAGUCCUUUUGAGGGAAAUACAUUUGCCUUGCUGAUAGCUACUCAAAACUCAAAUUAUGGUGUAGAAAGACUUAAAACUUGACUCUGGGUUUCUUUGGGAGGGGUAAUUAAUGAUGGCUGUACUUAUGACUACUGUGUAGUUUGUGACCGGUGACCCAAAGCUGGCUGAGGGACUCUCUACACCUGGUGGCCUGGAUCCUACUGUUCGUAGUGGACACUACUUCUUGUGACCUAUCUGGAAUUAUUAGUGGACUGUAAACGCCCAUAUUUUUGUCCAGAUUAAAUUAUUUUCAACCUCUGUUUGUUGUGUGUUUUGGUUGUAAACGUUUAUGUAGAAGAGUGAUUUUUACUUUACCCGUGAAGCAGUGUGUACAAUUUGUGCGAAAUAGUUACAAGUAAACAGAAGAAAACAGCGAAAUUAGAGUGUGAUCUUCUAUUUCACGGGUUAAGAAAAACCACUAUUUCAGGCAUCGAAAAGGGUGCGUGGGGAAGAGGAAAGGGACACCUGCUAUAAGACAUUUCUGCGGCGCAGGUCGCCGCAAAUUUCUGGUUGACUCGCAAUGAGCGGCUUGCUCGCGCUUCCUUCCCUUACAAUCCUGGCAGCUACGCAGCUUACGCGCCAAUUGAAUAAUCGACCAAUCGCCUGUCGACUCCACGUCGACACCCGACCUAUAACUAGCUGUAACAGUUUGUUUAGCGGGCGAGACGCUCCGGACGUUUUGUCUGCAGGAUUUGGGCCAAACACAAGUUUACAAAGACCUUGAGUAUUGAAUGGAAAUGCAGCGAUUCUUGCUAGGCCUGUCCGGCGUUGCUUUGCCUUUUUCACAAGGGGACAGGCCUUUUAAUUUGAUGGCACCAUGAAUAAGUUUUUGUACGGCUGGUCAUGAAUAAGUUUUUGUACGGCUGGUGAAAAGAGAGCUGAAAAUUUCGCCCUUUUCUCUCCCUCCUUAUAUUUGCGUCUUCUCCGGGGGCCUUCAAACUUAUUUGGUAUACAACCAAAUCUCCCGUAAGCGACCACUGGAAGUGCGAAGACCCGGUUGUCGCUUACGAGAGGCAGGACCCCAUCACCGCUUCUGAUCUACUGUGAUUCGAAAGGAAUAUAAUAGACUGCUCGCAGUCUAUGGCAAAUUGGCUUAUGUGGUAGCUCUCUAGUUCUUUGCCUCUUAUGGUUUUGUGUAAAAUUGGAUUAACGCAGAUAAUUCACCAAACACUGCUGAAAAACUCAUAGCCCGUGGGAGCGGGAGUACUCCCUAUUAUAGCAUAUACGAGGAGGCUCCGCCCGAAAGCUAUUAAGUCGUCUGUAGCCCAUUUUUAGGCCCUUUUUUUCAUGCAUAGGCAAGGAAGGAUCCCACAGAACUACAAUAGUUCAGAACCGAUUUAUGAAAGGGUAAGGGGUAAGACCUCUAGUUUCCCCCGUAGCCGUUCUUGUCUCGUCACGCAGGUGGAGGAGGGGGGGGAGCGUUACGUGACGAGACAAAAACGGCUGAACUCGGGGCGCAGCCUCCACCUAUGGCGGGUAUAUGGAAUUUACAAAGUCGACUCGGCGACUGCAGUCAAGGUCACAAAUAACUUCUCUGCGCCCUGUGCUAGCCUGCGAAGCUUUUUUUGGGUGAUUUUCGUUUGUGAGGAGUGUUGAUAAGUCAUAAUCUAUCCUGGCAUAACCAUAUCAUGGCCAAAGUAAACACCGCUAAUAAAGUCCCUACGUUUGAACAAGAGAACUUGUGGUACUUGUACCCAUCCCCAUGUACUGCUCAAACUAUACAUUCAUUUAGUCAGACCACACGUUGAAUUUGCCUCCCAGGUCUGGUCGCCACACCGUUUCCUUGGCCUCAAUGGCUCUUUAUGGACUUAGUUUUCCUUUUGAAAUACAUGAUGGGCCUAUAUGAUUUGGAUCUGUCAUAUUAUCUUGUGUCUGCUGACAGUUCCAUAUGUAAAUAUAACCUCGGACAUACUAAUUACCAGUUUGAAAUUAGAUACGCAAGAACUAAAAUUUUCUUACUUCUUUAGAAUAGUAAAGUCAUGGAACUCUCUGCCUCUACAUUUAAGAAAAACUGAAUCUUUAGACGAUUUUAAGGAUUGCCUGAAAUCCUUUCUACACAUGAAGGAUAUUUCUACAUUCUCCUAAUUUAUUUUUCUUACUAGUUUAAUUAUAUUCUAGUUUUUAAAAUAUUGUACAUGAUUGCCAGUUGUCUAGGUAUUCAUGAUUUUUUUCUUUUAGUUGUCUUUUAUUUCUUAUUUAUUGUUAAUUUAGGUAGCCCUUCAGUGAGGAAAGUUGUUUCCUGUUUAGGGCUUUCCGGUCAAUACUAAGUGUGUAUUUUUGUAUUGGCAAACGUUAACUAUUUUAAUAGUUUUUGGUAAAGUAUGUGGUCUCCCGCAAAGUCGUUUGUGUCUCGUCACGCAACCCUCCUCCGAGACAAAAAGAAAAAAAUUAGGAGGUCAAUAAGAAACGAUGGGGGAGGGGGCAGAGGGGGAGCUAUUUCCCCAAGGGGAGCUCUGGUGGACAAGUCAAAUGCUCACGGUAAGCUCUGUCAGAAACCGCGCAUUUUUAAAAUUGUUUGUUUCUCAAAAACAUAAGGCUCAUUCUUUUUUAUUAAUUUCUUUCAUCAAUCAGACAUCUUAUACAUGUGCAAUUCACAAGUGGGCCAAUACGUCUCUAGUUUUAACCAAUCACAAUCCGCCAUCUAAAGCAGCGUGGCUCGAACGUGGCUUGAUCAGUUGCAUCAGACCGGAAUUCAUUGUAUUUUUUUCCCUGUCGAAUAUAGGCUUCCUUAGAGUCGCUGUUUUGGACAUUGUCGGUGAGGUAAGUGCAUGGACACUAGAAUAUAUAGCAAUGUUUUUAGUUUUGUGUAAAGAAUCAGUUAUUCGGUGGUCUCCAUUGUUUUAUCUCAAACGUUUUCCGCAAAGCGGACCGUGUUUCGGUAUCUUUUCAUCCACAUCGCCACGUAUGCAAACGUCCGUACAGCGAGGAAAUAAUCUCUUUCGAUCUAUGAAGGCAAAGCCUACGUUUUACGGGUCUAAUUUCUUUAUUACGAGCUUCCCAAAACACGCAGCAUGCGUUACAAUUCUAACUACCCGUCUAAUGCAUGUCUGUUCUUGUUAAACCCGAUUCCUGAUUGAAUAUUUAAGUCCGCAGGAAACGUUUCUAGGUUACCUUAGGUCAUGAUUUUUUUUUUUACUUUGCAUGACGGAUAAUGAACAUUGUACAAGUUUAAUUUUAUUUUAAAGUUGUCUUUGUUGUGAGCUCAGGGUUGUUUUCUCCAUGCAGUAGUGGAGAGAGGGUGGGGGAGGGGAGGGGUAGCCAGGGAAUUUUUUUAAAAAUUUUCUAAAUUUUUGAUUUUUUUAAAUCCCGAACCGGGGCAACUCAAAGCCUUCCAAAACCCCAGCCAUGAGGACAUACCAACAGGCUGUCAAGAGCAUCAUGGGACAAUUCCACUGAAUAUUCACAUUCCGUACCUAUCAUCAUCGUUCACUAAGUGUUUGUAAGAUGUGUAUUAAAUUAAGUGGUGAUGAGUGAAAUCAGGAAGUAGCUUGUUUCGUUGAAAUUCCAAUAAUUUCCCAGACCUUUAGGUCAGAGAAUUAUCAGAGUUUUAGGAAAGUGCAAUUAAAUCAUGGGUGAUAAAUUACACUCACAAGCGCAGGAGCCGAUUACCCUCCUGACAAGCGUGAGUUUUUGACUAGUUUAUUGUUUGGAGAACUUCACACUCUGAAAGGAUGAAUAAGGCAUUCGUUUUGGCUUGAUUUCACUUUCAAGAUAAAUACUGUUAGAAUCCUUUUUGAAAUUGAAAAUAAACUUGUGCCCUUUCGUCUGCUUUAAAGGUCAUCACAGUGUCUACAGCAACUUUUAGUACCUUGAGCCCAGUUGUUCAAGGCCAAUAGCACUAACAAGGGUGGAUUUUUUUUGUCUGAAAGCAUUUUCUUGAAUAUUAAUUUUCUCCAUCCUUUUUGAGCAUUCAGUCAUUAAAUUGUUGACAAAAUGAAUUAAACUGAAAUUUGUUUUUGAGCUUUGGUAUCUGAACUCAAAUUAAUUUUGUUGUAACCCUGGGUCCUGUGGGGGGUACUUGGGUUAAUGUUUGCUGAGUAUGUGCCGCUGGCCUCCCAGAACCCCUACCCCAUUAUAGUCUAUUUUUUGGCCAAUUAUAGACCCCAUCUUAGUCACUUUUUGGAAAAUGUAAUUUUCGCGAUCCCAACUUAGUCACUUUCUAUUUAUGCAUCUACCUCAUCAAUGUGGUUUGAAGCGGCGGAAUGUAAUGCGGUCAAUGCAAGCUUAUUGUUAAAUUUUAUAAACAGCAACUUGCUGAUUUUUUAAUCGAGAAUCUUCCCAUUUUGAAUCCCUACUUACCCCAAAAAUCCGAAAAUUUGCGACCCCAUCCAGCGCCCCAUCCCUAUUAGCCUAAGGAAGUACCCCCCCCCCCCCCCCCGGGCCCUGGGUAAACUUGCUAUCCCCACUUUGAACAACUUGUACCUGAUAUGUUCAUUCGUAACAUCUUUAAACCUUGCAACAUGUAAAUUACAAAUUAAUGCUGGAAUUUCAUACCAACAUUUACCCCCUUUAUCUUACUUGGUAUUUUUAAGGACUUUUCUUUAACAUACCCUCUUUUGUACUCAGUAGAGGAAAGUUAUAUAUUCUGGCAAUUUCAUUAUUGUUGUCAUUAAUGUAAACUGUUUUGCCAAGUAAUGGCUGUCAUGUUCAUUGAAAGUUUUGAUCAUCUUCCAAGUUUUUCCACAUGAUACUGUUAGAAAUAGUAUAGAAACUGUGUAUUUCUCAAAAAAGAACUUGCUGAGUAAACCUAUAAUUAGUCUUGUGUUUACAUAACCUUCUCAAAAUCACGCAUGACCUUCCCUUAACAACAUAACAAUUGAGCCAAUCAGAAUUCAGCAGAAUGUAUAAGAAUAAUAAAUUGUUUAUCUCGUGCCGCUCGCACUUUUUCAAAGCGAAACAGAUUUAAAAACAGUGUAUUAAACACACGUUUGAAAUUUUGAAUCAUUUCAGUUUUUCAAGAUCACUUCUUAUUAAUGUUCAUGAAAAAAAAAGGGACCGGGGAAGCAAGUCCAGAUGGUCAAAAAGUCUGGAUAAUUGAGGUUUGACUGUAGUGUGUUUUUAGUAGUUAAUCAGUAUAAAGCCCUUAUUACAUAUCAUACCGUAAAAUUCCGAAAAUAAGCCCCGGGGCUUAUAUUUUUCAAAGGCCCUUUUUAAGGGGCUUAUAUUCAGAGGGGCUUAUCUACGGAGGGUUAUUUGUGUUUCAAAAUCGAUCGGGCUAGCCUUAUAGUAAUUGGAAGUAAAUGUACCAUUUUUGCUUUGUUUUACUCUGUAUUUGAGGGCAAUUUCCAAAUACAUGCCCCCAGGGGGGCUUAUAUUUGGAGGGGCGAUUUAAUGGAGGGUUUUUUGCGUUAGGAGUUUAGGGGGCUUAUACUUGGAGGGGCUGUUACACGGAGGGGCUUACUUUCGGAAUUUUACGGUACAUUGUAUGUAAUGUUAUGUUAUAAGGGCUAAUUUAUUCUCAUUAAAUGGCUAAAAACACACUAAGUCGCAAAUUUCAAUUUUGUGAUUCUGAUCUCAGAUUGCAAGGGGCAAGUCAAUAUGUGUGGAAUUUGGGCGAUAUUUGGUAUCCCAGAGUACUCAAAGUAUGCUAGUUACGCCAUGAAAAUAGGCCAAAGAGGACCUGAUGUCUUUCGCAUGGAGACAGUUCCUCACUUCCAAAACUGCUGCCUUGCAUUUCACCGGCUUGCCAUUGUAGAUGAUCUCCACGGCAUGCAGCCAAUGAGGAUUAAGGCUUUGCCUCAUCUGUAUCUGAUCUACAAUGGAGAGAUCUACAAUCACAAGGAGGUGGGAAAGCAGUGCGACUUCGACUAUUUUACGAAAUGCGAUGGUGAAGUCAUUCUUCAUCUGUACAACAAGUAUGGAGUAGAGAAGAUGGCGCAGAUGUUGGAUGGUGUGUUUGCUUUUUGUCUCAUUGACACCAACAAAAAACAAGUGCACAUUGGCCGAGACACAUUUGGUAUACGUCCAAUGUUCACCUUGUCAGCUGAUGGAAAGAGCACAGGAAUCUUGGCACUGUGCUCUGAAGCGAAGGCUCUUACACCUUUUAUUGAACAGUUUGAGAAAAAUGGAGAUAAAAUGGUUAUCAAACCAUUCCCUCCUGGUCAUUAUGCAUCAUUUAGCUUAUCAGCUAAUGGACAAACGACACUCAUUGAGCAGAAGGCCUACACGGAAGUUGGAAAACCCCCAGUGUUUGAAACCAAUGUGAAGCCAGACUCAGCUGAUGUCAUGGAAAACAUCAGGAAGUUGUUUGCUGAAGCAGUGCGUAAACGUCUCAUGGCUGACCGUAGAAUUGGCUGUCUACUCUCCGGAGGGCUGGAUUCCAGUUUAGUGGCGUCAUUCCUUACAAAGCUUGCAAAGGAAUCUGGGAUUGAUUACCCCAUUCAAACAUUCUCAAUUGGAAUGGAAGGAAGCACAGAUGUCAUUGCAGCUCGAAAAGUUGCAAAACAUAUUGGUAAGAAAGAACUCUUCUUCCCUCCUCUAAUAGUACUAUUUAUGAAAGUCAUCUUUCUGAGUGUAAAGUGAUCAUACCACAGGCGAUAAAAAUACUGCAUCCACACUCUUGUAGACAAAUUAUUGCAAGUGAGGUUAAAAUCCAAGAAGUGAUCAGAAUCAAAAUUCUUCAAAUGAGGAUUGAUCCUUGCAGUUGUAAACGCAAUUUGUGCAAUUAUACUACUACAUGAGAAAUUACUGCAAUCUGAUUGGCUUAGAGCAGUGGUAUUUCAGCUUAAUUUGAAAUACCUACAUGUGAAAAUUACAAACCUUUUGCGGGUAGUAGUAUAAACAAAUAAUAGCAUGAUUUGUACGUGAUAUUUGGCAUAAAUACCACUCGUGAUAUUUCAAAAUUGUCUCAAAUUUCACUCGCCUAACGGCUCGUGAAAUUACGUAAAACAAUUUCGAAAUAUCACUCGUUGUAUUUAUGCCAAAUAUCACUACAAAUCAUGCUAUUACCUAUACUAAUAUUGCAUAAGAAGCCUGAAAAAAAUUCAGGACUUCAGCGGCAUUUGAACCUAAGACCUUGCGAGGUCACGGGUUCAAAUUCUGUUGAAGUCCUGAAUUUUUUUCUGGCUUCUUACACAGUUGGAUAAAUUGCGUUCCUAACUGGGAGGAUCAUCCUUCAUUUGAUUUCAUUUCCGCAGUCCUCAUAUAUGAUUUAUUUCAUAUACAUUUGUAAUCAAAAUUCUCGUCAUUAUACCAGCGUUUAUAAUCCGAUCUAGUUACAACCAGUUCAAAAAUACUUGAGAGACCUGGUACCUGUUUUUGGCUUAAAUGGCUGGUCCAUGAUCUUGUGCCUGUGAUCCCCUCCCCUCCCCUUGUCAAAGUUGCUUGUAAUACAAGGCCAUGCUCAAAACCUAGGAGGAAAAACUUUGAAUGGAGGGGAAGGAGGCCGGGCCGGGGGGUGAGUGUUAUAUCUCACAGACAUGUGACUAGCAACAAUUUGUGUCGCAACAUUAUUUUUUGCAACUGCUUGUAGCUUAAAUGUUUUAAGCUUCAAAUCUCUGUAGCAACCUCUACCCCUCUUUCUUCAAGAAAUAUGUCACCAGAUAUACAAGAAGAGGAGUUGAUAUCUUAUAAGUACAGUAAGUAAGUAAUUUAGAAAGAAAGUAAUGGGUUUAAAAACAGGGUUACCACAUUGUGGCUCUUCAUCUGUUAUUUAAAAUUAUUAAAAAAUAUCUAUGUUUAUUAUAUACAUACUGAGAAAUACUCACCAAAAAGCUAUGUCGUAAAUUUUCGUACGCAAAAUAGUUCUAGCCAAUCAGAGGAGCGAACGAUGGUUUUCACACGUGAAAAAAAUGAUACGUCCAAUCAGAAUCGCGAACGAUGUUUUUUCACGUGUGAGAAAAAUGAUACGUCCAAUCAGAAGCCACAGAGGUGUGUGAGUUUUGCGCCAAAAUUCCCACCUUUUAUUGCAGCUUGCAUCGCUGCUUCGCACACAUUCAACGAGAAAAGUUUUUUUAGUAUUUCUCGCUAAAAAAGUGAAAAACAUUUCAGAAAUGGAGUAGAAUAGUUUCGUUUGUUUCACUGUCGAUAAAGAAAACAGUAGAGAGCCGGGGAAACAACAGCGGAAAGGGAUAAACAGAACGAGACGUAAGCUUUUGUUGUGCUUUUUGUCGGAGCUACUUUGCCUUUCAUUGGGCAAUUCCAGAAAAUAUCCAUACCCAACCACGGACGGCUUCCAUGUUUUAACCGCCCCUUGCCUUCGGAAAUUCCAAAAUGCGCUACCCCCCCAUGCCCUCAGAAUUCCAUAGUCGUGAACCCCCCCUCCCCUUCAGAAUUUCCGUUUUUUUUUGGAAGUACAUUUUCGACUUAGCAACGCCUAUAAGAACAAACGAACAUGAAUUUAUGCCUCCUCAAGGCUGUGAUCUAGCGGCGCCAGGUGACAAGCUUUACUCUUCAGUGACAAGAAAAACCUACGCUAGUUGCCAGGCCGUGCAAACUCCUUUUUAAGUCCGAAUUUGGCUAUAAAAAUAAACACCACUUAAGGUAAUUUUACUCCUCUUUGUUUUCUUGUGCUGUUUUGACGUUUACAAAGGAAAAUAGCUCAAACAGACUGUUAAAAUCUUUUGGCGGUCAAAUAUACCGUCGAGUCGUGUUUCGUCCUUUUAUACGUCAUGUAGUGCGCACGAAAAGCGUUCUAAUCUGUUUAUCGGACGGUUUCGGACGGGAGUAACAAGAAAUUUGCAAGCGGUAUUAAAAGAUACAUUUUCAGUUUUUAUUCACGUGACAAGAAAUUCAUCAAGGUAAAUGUGAAACCAACGUUUUACUGUUCACUUCUAUAAGUUAUGAGCGUAAACACGUGUCUGAUCUAUCGAUGCUUGUCUUCUGCUUCUGCGGUCAUACGUUCGUGGCUUAUUUACGAACUACAAAAGUCCACAACAAUAGCGUUUUCCAGGAACUUACUCUACACUUUCUACUCCAGAAAUCCCACCUGUGGAAUUCCGCCAUACCUUCGGAUUUCAAAUCGUAAAUACCCCCCCCAUGCCUUCAGAAUUCCAUAAUCGUGAAUCCCCCCUCCCCUUCGGAAAUCCUUAAAGCCGUCCGUGGUAUGGUAUGGAUAUUUUCUGGAAUCGCCCAUUUAAGCUUAAGCUUAUAUUGAAACCGGCCAUUUUACUUAAAUUCACUCAUUUUCAAUUGUACAUUGAGAACAAACAGUUAAGAUUACUUAUAGUUCUUGGAUUACCUCAUAUCCUCACCGUCAUUUAUGUUUUUAACAAACGUUUUUUACUAAAAUGCUGAUACUUCGUUUUCGUUGUCAUUUUGCGGUAAGUGUGUAGCGGCAAAUUUUAGCACUUUUGAAAGAUUUAAAAUAAAAAGGCCCGCCAAAUGAUGAAUGUCUCAGUAUGUAUAUAAUAAACACAAUACCACAUGGAAAGUGCUUUGUACGGUAUUUACGCACUCGUUGUUUUUGUAUCAGAAAUCUCACUCGUUCGCUGCGCUCACUCGUUCGAUUUCUGAUACGUCAAUAACUCGUGCGUAAAUACCGUACGCCAGCACUUUCCAUGAAGUAUUCUCUAUGUAUCAAAUAUUUACAAUAAAAAUAUACCAAUAACGAUUAAAAGAGAAAGUAUUUACAAUGUGAAAGUAUUUUACAAUGAUCUUCACAUAUCAUUUAUAUUCAUGGUAAAUUAAGGUUGUACCAUGGUAUAAGAUUUACCGUUCUUUUAACCCUUUAAGUUGCAAGAGUGACUCACAUCAAUUUUCUCUUGAUCCAUACAUCAUCUAUCACCAAAGGGAAAAUGCUUUGAUCUUCUAUCAAAUUCUCUAAACUGUUCCUUAAGGAUAUGAAUGGAAAUCAGUCUGGAAACUUUGUAUGUGGAUAUUGAGGCAUAAGGGGUGAAUAAAUUUUGAAAAUGUGAAUUUUCUUUUCAUAGGAAGUGAACACCAUGAAGUAAUCUUUACAUCUGAGGAGGGUAUCCAAGCAUUGCGUGAAGUUAUCUAUGCCUUGGAGACAUGGGAUAUCACAACAAUCCGUGCCUCAGUUGGAAUGUAUCUUGUGAGCAAGUACGUCAGUAAAGAAACAGACACUGUUGUUAUUUACUCUGGAGAGGGUUCUGAUGAACUGUGUCAAGGAUACAUUUACUUCCACAAGGCGCCGAGCCCUGAAGAAGCUGACGAGGAAUCCAGGAGGCUUCUGAAAGACCUGUACCUCUAUGAUGUGCUGCGAGGUGACCGCUCUACUGCAGCUCAUGGACUGGAAAUUCGAGUGCCAUUCUUAGAUGUUCAAUUCACAUCCUACUUCCUGUCUCUUGAUCCCAAGAUCCGUCAACCAAAGGAAGGAAUUGAGAAGUGGCUUCUGCGAGCUUCAUUUGACGACACCGAUGCCUUACCACAAGAGAUUCUGUGGCGUGCCAAGGAAGCAUUUUCUGAUGGUGUGUCAUCUACUAAACCUGGCCAAGCCUGGUUUGAGCUGUUGCAGAAUUACAUCGAGAAUCAAGUUCCUGAUGAAGCCAUGGCCCGAGCCGCAGAUCUCUACCCUUACAACACUCCCAAGAGCAAAGAAGGCUUCUACUAUCGGCAAAUCUUUGAAGAGUUGUUCCCUAACCAAAGUCAUUUUAUUCCAUAUUUGUGGAUGCCGAAGUGGACCAAUGCCACCGAUCCAUCAGCCAGAACCUUGGAGCAUUUCAAAGAGUAAUAUGGAUAACUAGUGAUAUCCGAAUCACAACUAGCAUAACCCUUAAAGCCCCUAUCACAUGGAACCCGAACGCUGUUAUUUACCUGUGUUCCUGAGUCUUUACGAAAUGUUUGGAAAGGAUUUGAAUUUGAUCAAAGAUGGUUUACCUUGCUGUCUGGCAUGCUAUAGUUACGCCCAAGUUUCUGUUAUCAACUAUUAACUCUUAGCUUCUUGGGAGACAAUCUUGAAUUUCAAAUUAACUCUUCUUUUCCGAGGAGAGUAAUUGUUAAUAUUUAAUGAUAAUUGUUGGAAACUUGAGAUGCAACUGUUGCUAACGAUCCAAUGCACGAUGCACCAGACAAGAAGCAUUCGAAACCAAGGUAAGCCGUCUUAGACCUGAUUGUAAUCCCUAGUAAAAUGAUUCAUAAAGACUAAGGAACACAGGUAAUUAACAACUUCUUUUGAAAUAGGUAAUACAGCGUUCAGGCUCCCUGUGCCCCAGUAGACACCAUUAUUAAAUUCUCCUCACAAUUUAACAGCUUCAUCAAAUAAACAGGUUAUGAAUGAAUGAACGAAGGAAUGAAAUGUUACGAACAAAAUUCUCUGAAACAGUUUUGUAGGAAAUACAGAGAAAACAAUAAUAAUUGAGAGAAUACACAUAUUGAUGUUGGGGCUUCAAGGCUUAGCAUGCAUGUGUAAAGUAAAACAUUUUGUAGAUAGUUCCUAUGUCAGGACACUUUUUAUUAAGUGGAUAUACGUAUCACUUAGUCACAAACCUUUCUUUCCAUAAUUCAUCUCUGUGAAGUGAACUGCCAUUUUAAGCACCAAAGGUGCUGUUGGCGUCCACUUAAUUCAGGUUUCAGCAUACGUGUUGAAACCAGUUAACAAGUUUUUAUUGCGGUGACAAAUCACAGUUACCAUACUGAUACAUUAAGUGCUAUGUCAUACAGCCCCAAAAUAAUAAUUUUAAAAAGAACGUAACAAACAAGAACUUAGAUACAUUGUUCUUAGCUGGACAGCAAUGUUAGAGUUAAUUAUUUUAUAGUGCUGCGUAUUCUGUAAGACUAAACAGAAUCUUAGAAAGUUAGUCCAGUCUUUUUGUAGGAAAUGCAGUUGAAUACCGGUAUCAUCUACUGUGGCCGGCAUGGUGUGUAUUAGUGUUUCUGACAUGUUUGGCAUCAAACAUGCGAAAUUUGAAUCCUGUUAAAAUGACCAUGUUAUAUUAUGCAGUUUAAAGCAUGCAAUGGAAACAUUCAUGUAAUGCAGUGUACUUACUAUAAUGAGUUGGCUGCUUAUUUAUGACAUGUCAAUAAAAAUACUUUGCUGUAGUGUAGUAAUUUUGCUGAUAUGAUUUGCAAUGUCACAACAGCGUUUACAAUUCUUAUGACUCUUAAGAAGGAUUGACUUGGCGUCACAUUCCCCGGGCUUUAUAAGACCUUUAUCUAUCACCCGAAUUUUUUCCCGUUUGUUGUUUUAAUCCAGUUCAAUCUCCUCAAUCUUUUUUAUAGG